UGCACGUACGUGCAUAAUAUUCGCCACCGCCACCGGUGCAAGACUCCUAUUCCUAACUCCUAUUGGACUUGGGCCUACAUUAAAAAUGGUUUCCAUUGAAGAAAAUUGUCAUGGUGGAUUCUUGCAGACUUUCGCUUGGAAGGUUGGGACGAAUGAGGCUGCCCUGCGUCUUAUAAUUUCCAUUUUUGCAGGAUAUCCCCUUAGUAUUUUCCUGAGAGAUAAUCUACAUGGCACUUCUGCUACUACCAAACAUCUCUUCAUCUCCACUAUAGGACUAGCAAUCUGCUAUUUCAAUUAUGGAAUGGAUACAGGAUAUCUUUUCUUUUGUUCUCUGUUCAACUACAUCCUUCUCUUCCUUGUUGGUGGUACUGGAUCAUCAGUUAUCAUUUCCUUUCUAUUUAAUCUGGGUUAUCUGUUGGUUUCAUACGCCAUCUUUGCUUCUAAUGACUAUGAUAUGAACUGGACUACACCCCAAUGUAUCUUGACUCUACGAAUGAUCUCAGUAGCUUUUGAUCUUUAUGAUGGGCAUAAACCUGUGGAGAAGCUAAGUUCAGAGCAGAAGUCAUUAUGUUUCAAGGAAUCACCAGGCCUCUUAGAGAUUGUCAGCUAUUCUUUCUUUUUUGGCUAUCUCUUAACUGGACCACAGUAUCCUUUACGUCAAUACCGUGACUACAUGGAUGGUAAACUACUUGAUAAUGAAAGUGGCAAGCCUUCAGACACUCUUCAACCUGCUAUGAGAAUCUUAACAAUCGGCAUGAUUUACUUCAUCAUUGAAAUCUUACUUGUACCAUCAUUUCCUGCUACUUAUCUCGUCACUGAAGAAUUUGCUCAAUCAUCAUUCCUGUACAAGCUCUUCUACAUUUGUCUAUUUGGAAGGUUCACCAUCAACAAAUAUGUGACAUUCUGGUUGAUUUCUGAAGGUGUAUGUAUCUUGAGUGGCAUUGCAUAUUCAGGUAAGGACAAGGAAGGAAAGGCAAAGUGGACAGCUUGCUCAGGGAUUAAACCUCUAGCAUUUGAGACUGCUUUGAGUGUUAGAGACAUGGUAGCAACAUUCAACAUUUCUACUAAUACAUGGCUAGCGAGGUAUGUCUACAAGAGGUUGAAGUUUCUAGGAAAUCGCUAUAUCUCCCAGAUAGUGUCUCUCCUAUUUUUAGCAGCAUGGCAUGGCCUACACAUUGGUUACUACAAUAAUUUCAUCCUUGAGUUUUUCAUUGUCAUGUUUGAUGUUCAGGCUACAGAGCUAUUUACCAAAGUGCCUAUUCUCAACAAUAUUUCUCAACAUCGACUGAUGUCUGUCAAAUUGGUGGUAUUGAAAUUCUGUAUGCUUCUCUUCAUGGGAUAUCCACUUGUUAGCUUUGUCUUACUUAAAUGGUCAAAAAUACAUUUGGUUUACAAGGAAGUCUACUACAUUGGACAUAUCUUCUUUGUGAUUCUCUGGCCAAUAUUCUCUUUUGGUGUCAUCAUUCCUUGGUUCAAAACACAGAAGUUAAAAUCCAAAGAGAAAGAAAAUGCAAAGACAAAAUGAUGAAUGAAUCGUGGGAGAUCCUCAAGAUGUACAUCUAUAUUCUUCCCAGCAAAUCAUUAUGGAAGUUAAUAUAAUGAUUGGCUGCUUUAUAAUUUUGUUUUUCAUCCUUGAGUGGUGAGAAGGUAGGGUAUGGCUA